UCUAUACCCAGACUUCACUUUCUACAUGCUUAAUAUAGGAAGCAUUGUACCACAAAUGGACAGGAGGCUUGCAGGGAUGUCCUCCUAAGUAUCUCAGUGCAGGUCUCCUGGUUAUACUUAUAUAAUGUAUGAGGUAUUAUGUAUCUUGGUUUAUGGUCACGUUCAUUCACUUACAACAAUUUUUUUUUAUUGGCAGAUCCUACAAGAGAUCAGCAUCCUCUUUCCUUUCUUCAAGGGGAAUUAUCAGGGAUGGAAGGACUCUAUUCGCCACAACCUCUCCUCCAAUGAUUGCUUCCGAAAGGUCCUGAAAGAUCCGCUGAAGCCACAGGCUAAAGGCAACUAUUGGACGGUGGAUGUGAGCCGGAUUCCCGCCGAAGCCAUGAAGCUGCAGAAUACGGCGGUCACCCGGCAGGAAACCUACCCUCAUGACCUGGCUCCUUAUAUUCUGCAUGGACAGCCCUACAGACCAUUUGAUUUUCAGAACCCUCAUCUUUCACAAGACAGUACUGUGGUCAGAGGAGAAGCAGAGGCUCAGUCCCCAGUACCAACCCAGUCCCCCAGUGUACAUCCCGCCUCAAUGUUCCCAAUGAUUUUAUGGAACCUUCCAACAGCAUACUCAAAGUGUGUGGCUCCGAAUGUGGUGGCCCCUCCCAGCAUACACCCUCUUCUGCUUUACUCUAACUUCUCCUCACUCCCUCUGUGUAACUACAUAUCUUCACCAUACUCAAGCUCCACCUAUGCGGAGCUGAGGGAUGUCUACCCCCCCAAUCUGAGACCUCCAAUGUCUCCCUCGCCUAGACCCUCUGAAGCCAGGAAUUCCCUGUCCGACUUCCCACCCAAUACAACGGUCUUUGACGUCCCCAUGUAUUCCCCACAUGGGAGCUACAUGUCACCUCAACACAUGUACGGGCAGCAUUUAUCUCAGGGUGGCGCAUAUGGGCAGAAUUCAUCUCAAUUCGGGGUGCACCCAGCGUACAGACCCAACGGUUACUGAUUGUCCAGGUCUUGAGACAAGGCUGGUUUUGGGCCUUUCACUUUUGUCCCAAGGACUAGCGGCACUUACCUGAUGAUGUUGGCACCAGUGAUGAUUUAGUCUAUGAAAAUAUUUUCGUAGACUAAAUUAACACUUUUUUAGUCGACUAAAUUUAAAACAAUUCAGAUGCUAUUGCACUACCACUUGAGGAUAAGCAGGGGGGCCGUCUACUAAGCUACCGAAAGAGAAAAAAAAUUAAGAAAAGGGGCUUUUCUUAUAAUUUUUUUUCUUAAUAUUUUACGUUGGUAAUAUAUUCAGGGAAUAUGUGCAAUGAC